UGCCGUCACGCUAUCAGAGAAGGGGGAGCCGAGCAAAAUUCGGAGUUACGUCCAGUGUGGCUAUAGCUCUCAUAAAGGAACCAGAAAAAGCACAACGAUUAUCACAUUAAGACGACUGGAAUAGGAGUGCAGCGACGAAUUUUCGGAAAUGUAUUCAGACCUUGACCGUCAACGAAUCGCCUGAUCCUGCGAAGAAGCAGAAAUCUUCUGACGUUUUCCGUUUUUAACGGACUGUCGCUGCAUCGGAGAAGCUGCAUACAAAUUAGAUGGAAAAUAAAUAGUAACGUUGCUUUUUAAAUUUGCUCUAAAGAGGCUGACAAAAUGGCUGAUAAUAGAAAACUAUAAAAAGACGUGUCGACCUAAUUCUAGUAGGCUGUGAGAGCUAUUUAAUGUGACUGUUUGAUACGUUGUUACAAUUACUCCACAGACUCUCUGUGCUCUCUUUUUAAAUUAACCCGUUAGGCCCAUAGAUGGGCUACCUGCCGAAUAUCCGUCCUACUUGCGCUGUUCACUUCCUCUUCGUGUGAGGGAAUUCAUAUUUGUAGCGAUAUUACUCUGUCUGCUUGUUCUGUAUUCUGCUUCAGUUUCGGACGAUAGUAUAUCUUAAACAUGCCCAACUGUUAAGUGUGGUUUGUCAACUUCCCCUGGCUGUUUUGUGGAUGGACAUUAAUGAUUGACAGAUAAGGAACGCGCUUAAACUACCGUAUCAGCAUCCUUCUAUGGUAAUGUCUCUGCCAAGUGUUACGCCAUUAUAAUCAAAAAGCGGAUUAUUUUGGUGGGUUGUAGAUUUUUGUAAUCGUUUUUGUCAUAAAUACACGAUAAGUGUAGUUCAGGGCUUAGGCUAGGGUAAAUUGCAGAAUCUAAAUAUUCUUUAGUCUAUAGGCUAGCUAUAUCGUUUUGCGUUGGAUUGUAAUUUUGUCGGGGACUACUUUUCUAAAACAAAGAAUCAGGGUUAGGCCAGCCAAUUUUUACAGAACCGUUGAUAGGAAUCCAACAAACGAAACCAACAUGGCAGAGAGUUGGAAAAACUGUUUCGAAGAAGAGCUUAUCUGCCCGAUCUGUCUUCAUGUGUUCGAGGAGCCCAUACAGCUCCAGUGCAAACACAACUUCUGCCGGGGCUGUAUCUCCGAGGCCUGGGCCAAAGACGCGGCGGCAGUCCGAUGUCCCGAGUGCAAUCACGCAUACUCUCAGAAACCCACACUGGAAAAGAACAUCAAAUUAACGAACAUUGUGGAGAAGUUCAAUUCGUUAAACGUCGAUAAGACACCUUCGGUGUUGCAUUGUAUCUUCUGCCGACGGGGCCCUCCGCUCCCGGCGCAGAAAGUUUGCCUGCGUUGCAAAGCGCCCUGCUGUCAAUCUCACGUCCAAACGCACCUGCAGCAGCCGUCACCGGCUCCGGGGCACCUGUUGGUGGAUUUAGAGGAGGUGAGAGCGUGGACUUGCCCACAGCACGACGAGUACCGACUGUUCCACUGCGAGGCGGAGCAGGUGGCCGUCUGUCAGUACUGCUGCUUCUCUAGGUGCGCCUCGAGCCAUGGACACGCCGUCUGCGACGUGGAGGUGCGAAGGAACGAUAUUCGGCACAUGUUGAUGAAGCAACAGGAGAGGAUAGAGGAUCGGGUUCAGGACAUUGAGGAGCAACUCUGCAAGCUGGAGUCGGACAAGACACAGGUGGAGGAUGCUGUGUGUGAGCUGAAGGAGCAGGUGAAGUCUCAGUACCGGCGGAUGCAGCUGAUGCUGGAAGAGGACCUGAGUGAGACCAUGCAGCUGCUAGACCGAGCCCACUCCAGAUACCGACAGGAGAACUCCCAGCAGGCCUUGCGGCUCAGCGAGAGGAGACAGGAAGCUGACAAGCUACUGAGCUCCGUUCAGAUGGUCUUGGACAGGGCCGAGGACAUCAACUUUAUGAAGAACACCAAACCGGUGAAGCUAUUGAGUGACAGGUCCCAGUCAUGUCUGGGCAGCGGCCUCCCACCUCACAAGGUCGGCCAUCUCAACUCCAAGCUCCUGCUCUCAGAGGUCACCAAGAAGGAGAAGAACCUGCACAAGAUGCUGGAAGUUCCGUUCAGUACACCUUCGCUCCUCCUCCAGACAGUGCCGUACCCAGCCACCUCCCACCCCUCUUCCGGGCCAGAGAAGCGCAAACACUCCUCAGCCUUCCCCGAGGGCUCUGGAGGGGCCCACAACUUCCAGGAUCCUUCCCCCAGUGCCAAGCAGCCCUACCUGGGUGGCCAGGGCCGUCAGGGGCCCUCCUCGUCUUCUUCUGAGGGCCCCUCCCAGGCUCCGAACCCCAGCUUGGGCCCCAGCUCCUCAGUCCAACACAUCAGUGUUCUGGGGGCCAGCUCCAGUGGCUCUCCGUCGGCCCCCCACCACUCAGGCCCCGUGUUCCCCCCUUCCCACUACCCCAGUGGGGGCCCCUCUCAGCAGGCUGUUUUACCGGAGUAUGCAGGCAGGAAGAUCCUUAUGUGUACCAUGGAUAACUGCUAUUGCUCUGGGGUGCCCCCUCGCACCAACCCACCCUACCCGAGAUCAGGCUCCUUCCCCUGGGUGACCUCGCAGGAGUACCCCCCUCAUCCCCAGCUGUCCUCCGGAGCCUCAGCCAUGCAGGGGCUGUCUAUGAGGGACUGGAUAGAUGCCUCACAGACACACAGACACCCAGACUUCUACGGGCUGUACGGGCAGUCCUCGGCCAAGCACUACGUCACCAGUUAACAGUUAAAAGUGAACUGUCCCUUUAAAACUGUUGGAUCCCAUUCUCCUUUCUGCUCUCACAAGUCUACAAACUUGCUAUUUUUCUUUCCCUCUCUGUGGGAAUGACAGUUCAUUGACAGGACUCAUAUCGGUGUGAUUAUCAACACAUCCGAAUACGUGAGGAUAAAUAUAACAGGCUGUUAUAAUUGGGGUGUGUGUGUGAUGGCAAGAAAGUAGAUUUGCUUUGAUAAUUACUGUUUUAACUAAUGUUUUGCUUUGACUGGAACUGUAAGCUAUGAAAACUUGGUCUUAACCACAUUCAGGAAGUUAUUUGUCUUAAAAGAAGUCCUUCCUCUCCACAGAGAGAUUGUUAUUGACUCAAUCCAUAGACUGCAGUGCCUGAGAACCCUUUGAUCUCAUUUUAUUUCCUGAAAGUAGUCUUAACUUCCUGUCCCAAAGCUCUUGACUUCCUGUCUGUUGCUGAAAGCCUCCUGGAGGUGGCUGUAUAUUCCAUGGGGCCUGGCAGGAUGUGGCAUAAACGGUUGUCCGUUUUUUCAUGACUUUUAUACCAGAUAACAAAUGGAAUUAAACUGCUACUGUACACAAAAUAAACAAAUCCAUGUACUUCAGAACAAGACUAUAACAUAUUGUUUGAUUAUGGCUAAAAGGAAAUAUAUGUGAUAUGGCUGUUUGUGUUAUUCCAAGACAUUAGCUUGGACCAUGUCUCAUGUUAAACCUGGAGCUGAAAACGUGCCAGCUGGGAUUUACUAUUUCUGUAUGCCACAGUAUGUUCACUGUUCUUUUACUGUUGUGUUGGUUACACUUUAACCUGAUCCAACCCACUCCCCCGCAGGUGUGUGUGUGGUCAUGGGGCUCAUCAGAGAGAAGGUGUGUUCGUUUAAGAGAUGUUUUCACAGCCAUUCACUGGGUCUGAAAUGUGUGGGCUCCCUGUGAAAGAAGCCCCUUUACCACAUAUACAUUCUGCUCCAUACUACUCUAUCUAUUUACAUUGAUUUAUUUAGCAAAUACUUUUAUCCUAAAUGACGUACAAAUAGUAUGUCACCCGUUUAUGGAACCUUUCCUACUGCCGGACUCUGGAUACACCCAAUGAACGGAGUCAGGAAUGGAGAGAGAAUAGGAGUGAAGGUCACAAAGUCUAGAACAGAGUAAUCUACAUGCCACUAUACUAUACUAUAUCCUAAACAAACUUGGGAAUGCUAUGCCAUACAUAAUAAAUGACAGUAACAGAGAAUGUUUUGUUCCUGGUAGCCUGUUGGAAGUGUGUGAAUCUUCUGCAGUGUGUCUACUUCCUGGUUUGAACCAUGCAGCCUAUUAAAGUACCUUGCCUGGGAGAGAUUUCCCUUUGUCUCUGUGGUGCAGCUGGAUGGUACGUUAG